AGAGUUUCUCCCCUUUAUUUUCAUGUUUCUGAAAACUGGCAGCAUGCAAAUUCAUCUUGGGGAGAGAUGUAAAGCGAGGGCUUUAAGCUGUCAUCAGCUGUUUUUACCUGAUGGGGUGUCAUGGUUGAUGGCGUGCCCACCGUCUGCCAGCUACCACGAGGGGACAGAGAUGGGAACGUUACAACCCCUGCCCUCACAGGUCUCCAAGGCAAUAGGCAGGAGUAAGGAACUCACAUUUUGGGGACCAUCCAAGCAGUAUUUAAAACAUUUUACAUAUGUUACCUCAUUUGUCCUGUAAGGUGGAUAUCAGACUCUUUUUUUAUUAUGUAAAACCGCAUACAAAAUAAGUAUAUAUCCCACCUACCCAUGCAACCACCACCCAGAUUAAGAAACAGCAAUGCCAGCACCCAGAAACCCCCGUGUGUUUCCUUCUAGGCAAAUCCCUCACCCAGGGGCAACCACCGGCUGCAGCACCCUAGAGUAGCUUUGCCUGUGUGAAGGCUUUUGUGUCUGGCUUCUUUCGUCCCACAUUAUGUUUGCGAGUUACACCCACGUAGUUGCAGAUAGCAGUAGUUUAUUCUCAUUGUUGUGUAAUAAGUCCACGGUCUGGGUAUACCUCUAUUUAUCUGUUCUUCUAUUGCUGGCCAUUUGGUUGUUUCCGGUUUUCACUUAUUGUUAAUGGUGCUGCUGUGAGCAUUACAGCGUGGAUCAUUUAGAAGACAUCUGCCUGCAUUUCUCUUUGAUAUGUCCAUUGACACUGCCUAACAGUUUUCCAAAGAGGCCCAGUAUUUAAGAAUCCUAGUUGCUCCACAUGCUCACCAACACGAGGCUUUGUCUAGACUCAUUUUCCAUGCACGUAAUUUGAAGCUCAGCAACGUUGUCCUGUGCUAAGUGUGUGCUAUUUCAGGACUGUGUGCGCCAGGCCUCAAUGAGGAGCCCAAACAUGGAGACCUUCAAACAGCAGAAGGUGGAGGACUUCUACGACAUCGGAGAGGAACUGGGGAGCGGCCAGUUUGCCAUUGUGAAGAAGUGCCAGGAGAAGAGCACCGGGCUGGAGUAUGCAGCCAAGUUCAUUAAGAAGCGGCAGAGCCGGGCCAGCCGGCGGGGUGUGUGCCGGGAGGAGAUCGAGCGGGAGGUGAGCAUCCUGCGGCAGUUGCUGCAUCCCAACAUCAUCACGCUGCACGACGUCUUCGAGAACCGCACCGACGUGGUGCUCAUCCUGGAGCUAGUCUCUGGAGGAGAGCUAUUUGACUUUCUGGCCCAGAAGGAGUCGCUGAGUGAGGAAGAGGCCACCAGCUUCAUUAAGCAGAUCCUGGAUGGGGUGAACUACCUUCAUGCCAAGAAAAUUGCUCACUUUGAUCUCAAGCCAGAAAACAUUAUGUUGUUAGACAAGAAUAUUCCCAUUCCACACAUCAAGCUGAUUGACUUUGGCCUGGCUCAUGAAAUAGAAGAUGGAGUUGAAUUUAAGAACAUUUUUGGCACACCAGAAUUUGUUGCUCCAGAAAUUGUGAACUAUGAGCCCCUGGGCCUGGAGGCUGAUAUGUGGAGCAUAGGUGUCAUCACCUACAUCCUCCUGAGUGGAGCAUCCCCUUUUCUGGGAGACACGAAGCAGGAAACGCUGGCAAAUAUCACAGCAGUGAGUUACGACUUUGAUGAGGAAUUCUUCAGCCAGACCAGCGAGCUGGCCAAGGACUUCAUUCGGAAGCUCCUGGUUAAAGAGACCCGGAAACGGCUCACAAUCCAAGAGGCUCUCAGACACCCCUGGAUCACGUCCAAAGGAGAAGACAGAGCCCCAGAACAGCGGAAGACAGAGCCCACUCAGCUGAAGACCAAGCGCCUGAGAGAGUACACCCUCAAGUGCCACUCGAGCAUGCCUCCCAACAACACCUAUGUCAACUUUGAGCGUUUUGCUCACGUGGUAGAGGACGUGGCUUGGGUGGACCAGGGAUGCCAUGCCCUGGCAGGAGCCCAUGACACCAUCCAGGACGAUGUGGAGGCCCUGGUCUCCAUCUUCAAUGAGAAGGAAGCUUGGUACCGAGAGGAGAACGAGAGUGCCCGGCACGACCUGUCCCAGCUCAGGUAUGAGUUCCGCAAAGUGGAGUCCCUGAAGAAGCUCCUGAGAGAAGACAUCCAGACCACAGCAUCCGGCCUCGGGAGCGUGGCCAGGAAGUUGGACCACCUGCAGGUGCAGUUUGAAGCUCUGAGGCAGGAGCUCUCAGCAGACCUACAGUGGAUCCAGGAACUGGUGGGCAGCUGCCAGCCGGAGAGUGGCAGCACAGACGGCCUGGGCUCUGUGUUCUGCUGGGACACCAGUGAGCCCCUAGCAGAGCCGAGUGACAGGUCAGGAAGCAAAGAAGUCUUGGCUGGCUUGAAGCUCUGAGCAUAGGAGUCUCAUCAGCAAUGCCCCCUGGAUGGCUUGCAGAAGCGUGUUUCCAAUCCCCCUGCUGGGCAUCAGCUAGAAUUAUCCUGCAGGGAUGUAUGUCUGUAGCGUGCAUAGCCUUCCACCCCCUUCACAGAAUCCAGAAUCACAGAUGUGCUAGCGAGUUACUCAUUCUGCACCUCCUCUCACCCACCUGGUUUUCUGGGAGGAGGGCUAUCAGGGCAGCCAAGCUGAUAAAACAAUUGAGAAUAAAUACCCUUCAAUGUAUCUUUCUCCAGAGGGAGGACAGCUGGCCCUGGGGAGGUGCUUGAUAACUGAUUUGUGAUCAUGGAUUUGUGCACACUUCACUUCCCACCUAUAUGCCUUAGAGACUGCAGAUCUUGGGUAAUACUGAGUUAGCCAUGGGUAACAGUUCAUCAGCUUGGUGCUUUCCUGCUUCAGAAGGAGGAAUUUAAAAUGCACAGAGAAAAUGUUACUUUUCAUUUGCAUUGACAUCACUUACCAGGCACUUACAUCUUUAUGUCUUUGAUCCUUAAAAGACCUUUGUGAGACAGGAAGGUGGGCGGCAUUAUUGUUGCUGUUACUAUUAUUUUCAUGUAACUGAUGAGGAAAUUGACUCAGAGGGGGAACAUGAUCUACUCAGGGUCAUUCAUAGCUAGUUGAUAUACACAAAACAAACUCAGGAUGCCUGACUGUAAAAUGAGGGAUAUGGGAAGAAACUGUGAGGCUUUGCUGUAAAUAUUCACCUUAAUAUUGAAGCUCAGAUCCCAGAGGUAAAAUAAGCACCUUCACGUGCUCUUCUGGGUGGAAUGCCUCAUCCCUUCACCGAUUGUCUGGAGAAGUACGUCCUGGAGGGCGUGGCUCAUGCUUCCUGUCAGGCCUGUGUCUGUCUGAGCAUCUGCCCUCAGAGCAGGAGGAAAGGGGCAGCAUCUCAGCCUUCUCUGGCUUUCCCUUCUCUGGCCGAGGGCCUCAACCUUGUGCUGGGAAUGAAUACCAAAGGGGACUUGGUAAGAGAAAGUUCCUCUCUUACGUGCUUAAGUCAUUGGGCCCUGAAAGCUCUGAGGAACUCUGUGAGAGAUUUUGAAGAGGGUGGACGUUGAGACUGGGAAGCGCAAAGUUCAGUGGUCCCUUCUUGACCCCAAGCUCUGAGCACACCUCCCUGAGGACUGUAGGAUCUUAUCUCCCUUUUCCUGGAGCAUGGGCCCAGGGCUGUGCUGGAGGCUUGGGGGUGGGGAAGCAGAUGUAUCAUUUCAAAGUGUCUUAACAGACUCACAAAACACCCUUGUCAGAGAGGUAGGGGGACUUUCAUUCCCAACUGGAAGGUGAGGAAGCAGAGAGGAUGAGAUUUGCCCAAUGGCAUAACAGUGGCAAAAGUGGAGGUCUCCUUGUAAGUCUGGUGCCCUUUCUGCUUCUCCUAACUGCCCCAGGCUCCAGGAGUUCACUGUCUGCUUCAGAGGCAGGUUUUACUCAGACUCACCCAUCCAUCCAUUCACAAAUAAUUUCUGAGCACCUACCGUCAGGCACUCGGCUUGGCACUGGGGAUACAGAGUUAGGAGGAAAUGGGCAUAUUGUGUGCCUUAACAAGGUUUGCAGUCCAGUGAAGGAUUCCAACACUAAUCAAGAACAUUCGAGAAAUGCAGGACUGCAGCUGGGACAUAUGCUGUGAAAGAGACACAUGCGGCACUGCAGGAGCCUGCAGCGGGGGUCUGCACUAGUCAGGGAAGUUGUCUGUGAGGUGGGGACCCUGGAGCCGAGAGCAGCGAGGCAAACUGGGGAGAAAGAACUGUUUGCUACAGAGCCGU